AUGAGUUCGUCCCUACAGGGCACAUACAACAAUCCGAAUCCGAGUCAUCCGAGCGGCUCCAGGGAUGAGGCUACGGAGGCUCAGCCAAUAGAUCUGAAGAAAGUACUGCGUGAGAGACAAUUGACUCGCAAUCGCAAAGCCUGCUUACCGUGUCGGGAGAGAAAGGUCCGCUGCAAUCAUCAACAUCCUUGUCAAACCUGCGUCAAACGUGGUCAUUCCGACCUCUGUUUUUAUGACAAAGCUCCAGGGCCAAGGAGUCAAGGGCGAGGAGUCAUCCAAGUCGAACAACCAGUUACAAAUCUGUAUCAUAGCAAAAACAACGACACAUUCUCAGCAACCCCCCCCAGCCACAAUGCCUGGACAUCAAUCCCGACUUCGUCCUUACUUGGCGGCAACUCCAUUAUCUCAGUAGCACGGCAAAACAACGCCCAGCCCCAAUCAGACAAUGAGCGUCGUGCUGCUUUCGAAACAGGAAUUUUCCCUUUACUAGGUAUAAAUGAGGCCGCUGAUACCAAAGAAACUCUCCAAACUGGGCGUUCGGAUUCAAAGCUCGCCGAUGACCAGGAGAUAAUAGCGCUCUUCAGCUUCUACCGGGAUCGGGUGCACCCCUUUCAAUUCGUUAUUGACGAUAUUUCUAAGAUAGAAGAGCUUGUAUGCUCUCUAGUUACCCGAAAUAGGGAACCAGAGGAAUUGGACAACCAUAGCCUCUGCUUACUUCAUGCAAUCCUCGCGGCUGGGGCGCAAUUUUCUGACCUGAACGCUACCGAGCGAGCGUCUAAGUCUCGAGAAGAAUUACAGUGCGCGUUGGGACAUCUCGGGUCAUUUGACUUUUUAUGGAAUCCAUCGAAGAGGCUUAUCCAAGCAUUACUCAUUCUCGGACAUGUCUUGCAGAAUGACAUGAAUCCCCAUGCAGCGUGGAUCCUAGGAGGAACUACUAUUCGUUUAGCACUAUCUAUUGGCCUUCACCAGCCUGAAACGAUACCAGACACUCUCCGCCUUAUGCCUGGUGAGCGACGACAUCUGCGCUUGGCGACAGACUUGCGAUUGUCUGGCAAGACUCUCUCCUCUCUUUAG